AUGAAGCUCUUCAGAACUUGGGUGCUAUGUUCAAAACUGAGAAGACAAACUUGGAGAAGAUUCGCACUGGCUUGCAACAGGAUCAUGCCUUGUUUCAAACAUCCCUCACUUUGCAAAUUACAAAGCUUUAGGAUGAUUUGGCGAUGGAAAGGUGUUUCUCCUCAAAAUUCUGAUGAGAAACAAGGGGGAGAAGGCGGAUAUGGAAAUGGUGAACCUCCCAAAAUCCCAGCCAAGCCCAUUGUGAAGAAAGAACCUAAGGGCACGGAAAAACUUAUUGAAGAUGAGCCCAUAAUCGAUGAUGAUAAAGACGUAGAGCCUGAUGAAGUUGAACUUAAAGAGUGGAAGGCUCGUGAUACUGAGUUGAAUGAAACUCAACGAAUCAUUAAGGAGGCUGAGGAAAAGGAAAGGGCAUAA